AUCCGUUUUGUUACCAUGAACCGUUCAACUGUUUUUUCCGGUUCUCAAGUUCACCGUUUCAGUAUUUUUGUAAAAAUUCUAUGGAAAAGAUGGUAGUUCCAGUGGUUGAUGAAGCUGGUGACAGAGAUGGAAAUGUUGCCAUUAUUAGAGAGAUUUACGACAGUGAAAAUGCUAAUGAAACUUUUGAAUAUGAAUUGGAAAGAGCAUUGGAGUCAGAAUGUAGUUUAAUUGUAAUAGAACCAUCUAAAUUAGGAGAUGAAACUUCAAGAUGGAUAACCGUUGGAAAUUGUUUACAUAAAACGGCUGCAUUGUCUGGUGCAGCUGCAAUAAUUACAGGCCUCGUUUGGGGAGAUAAACUCUAUCUUUGUGGCCCACUUGGUUUUACAUCAAUUAUAACAUGUGGACUUUAUACAGUUUCUUGGCAGUUUGAUCCAUGCUGUCAAUAUCAAGUUGAAACUGAUACAAGUAAAUUGCCACACGUUGAAGUACUUGCCAUGUUAGGACCAUCGUCACCUACAUUUCUUGUUAGAAAAGAUGACAGAAGAAGACGAAUUCUUCACAAUACAAUUACAUUAAUGGCAUUUAGCGUCACUGCGUGGCGAAUUUAUCAAGCGUUCAAAUGAAAAAAAAAAAAAGAAGAAAUUCCCCUACAAAAAUUGUGGGCUUUUUAUACACAGAGACAAGCAAAAAAAAAAAAACAAAAAAAAAAAACUAAACAACGGUAGGGCGUAAUUAUUAAAUUUCGCGUAUGAUCGUAGAAAGACAUAGAAAAUAGUGUAUUUGUUUUUGAAUUAGGAAAAAUACAAUUCCUUUUAAAAAAAAACAAAUCGGUAGGCUUGAAAUCCAUCGAGAUAUUACUUCUAGUAAUAGUGCAUUAUUUUUCACUGAUUUUUAAUCUCAAAAAAUAGAAAAAUGCUUUUUUUUACUUUUUAUAAAAAAAACAAACGAUUUUUAUUGUUUUAGUUUUGUUUUUUUUCAUUCCAAACUUAAAUUUUUAUUAGUUUAGUUUUUAAAAUAUACAACUAAAGUGAUAAAAAAAAAAUUUGUAUUUAUGAUAUUAAAAGACAUUUUUUUCUAAAUGUUUGAGAAAAGAAAAAUAUUGUAUUCUUCCUAGUUCUUGUAAAAGCAAGUCCUACUGUUAAAAAGAAAAAAACACACGAAAGUUUUUGACAUAAUAAUGCAAAGUCAUGUUUUAAGAAAAACAAUUUCAAUUUUUUUUUUCUCAACACACGUUGAGAUUAUUGACGCAAAAUCGAAUAUAAAUUUCAAGAUUAAGACUUGAAAAUCUUAAAAAAAAUAUAUAUAUAUAUAUAAAUAUAUAUACUUGACAUCAGUGAACAAUCAGUAUCGACAAAGAUUUCCAAUUUUUUUCUUUAUAUUUAAAUAGUGUUUACUAUAUUAUAUAAAAAAAAAACUUUGUCGGUUCUGCGAUGCUUAAAAGCAACGGCUGUAACUAGUUAACAAUUUGUUAAAGAUUGUAAAUGUAGCUUACUUUUUUUUAUAUACAUAUUAUAUCAAUUUAUUUCUGUAAUGGA